AUGCAAAAAGUUGAGGAGUCCCCGAUCUUCCGGCGCAGGCAUAUUCUCGGCGAGGUGCGUUCCGUGUCGGUGGAUCGCUAUAGGUACACGCAAAACGAGGAGGGCGGUUUUACACAGUAUGCUCCAAAGGUUCAGGAGUACCAGCACAGGGUCGCAUCCCCGCUGGUCACCCGACCAGUCCAUCAGCAUCCACUUAGGCCAAGUUCCGGAGACAUUCGCUUUGAACCACGCAUGAAUCGUCGUUCGUCGGUUCCGAUCAGCAUUAACUAUCAAACGGUUUACAUUUCAAGUCCAUCAUAUCCGCCCGAACUGGCAAGACGCGGCUCGGUGAUAAGCCUCACUGGCCAGACCCUGGAUGCCAGUGCCAUGCCGAGUGGAGCUGUCGAUCCAAAGCGCCGCGUUCGUAUGAUCAAUCGCCAUUAAGCC